AUGAGCUCGCUGAACUACUUGAUCGAGGAUAAUGCUGAAGGAAGAACAGCCGCUCAAAAGUUGAUUUCUGUCGCGUUUUCGAUCAUUUGUAUCAAUCGUCUCAAGUUAGAUGUAAACAACUUUAAUAUGAUUCGAUACGCAGAAAGAAAAUAUCCGUUGAUCAAAAAAGAAGCCUCGGGUGCUUUGGAGAAGCUCUUCACGAAAUCGCUCCGAGUUGUCAGACGACUUAUCAACGAGAAAGCGCUCAGAUCCGUGGCGGUUAUCAUCGCGAAGAAGGGCACAAAAGAGCCGUUAGAGAUAAUCGAUCAGUAUCGCAUCAAAACGAAAUUUGCCGAAGACGAUUGUGUCCAAGACGAUGGAACUCCAUUUGAUGUCAAACUUCAUUCACGAAAUAUGCUUGACGAACUUUCGAGAUAUUCACAGAUGGGUGUCGAGCUCCCUCAUGAUGCACAAGUGUUCGUCAGCUACGAAACCAAUCAGCCGGAAAUAAUCGAAUCUAAAGAUAAAGAUUUCGUUGGAGUCGUCCCUCACCAACACGAUGAGAACAUCCUGGAUUCGAUGCCAUCCAGGGCCUUUGGUCGGCUGGACACUCCUUACGCCUACGUUGCGAUGAAAGCUUGGUCCAAGAAUAUUUUGGAGAAGAAAUUAGAGAUCUCAAAAGUCACCUCACGCGGUUCCAACCUCUUCGACUAUACCUACGCUUGA